UUGUUCAUUACAAUUGGAAAUGUACAGUGUUAAUUUUUAUUAUAUAAUAGGAAAUAUUUUCUUUCUCUAUAUAUAUAUAUGAGAUUAGACAUUAGGGCAUUGAAGAUUUGAGAGAAUCAAUAAUGAACUGGUACAACCUGAUACGAUAUAUAUAGCUUUAUAGACAUAUAUAAGGAUUUCCUUUCAACAACUACAUUACAGACCAGAACCAGCUACUCGAAGUCACUACCCAUUACUAUGUACAUAGAAAACAACAUGAACAUUCUUGGUAUGGGAAAAAGGCAAUUGCAACCAUGGAGUACAAGUAACUUACCAAUAUCUUGCACCGAACCUGUUGCACAUUAUGGGAGGGACUACAACAGUACAAGUAAUUUAAUACCCUGGCGUCCUAAUAUGGGAUAUGAAAAUGUUGAAGUUAUUCCCUUAGCUACAAGAUCAAUAUCAAACUAUGCAUUCGAUGCUGUAAAUCCUAUAAAAUCAUUGAAGUUCCCGAAUAUAGUAACAGGAUAUCGACGAAAUCCUGUGCAUGCCGCAAAAACUGCUCUUCAUACGCGAUAUACACCCAACGAAUGGUUUCAGAAACAGGUGAAAUAUUAUAACGAAGCAGACUCUUGUAGACAUUUUUCAGAAAGAAUACGAAAUGAUGCUGUACGGAUUAUUAGAGAUGCUGAAGAAAAAGUGCAACAUAGACAGUAUGAUACGGGUAGACGACUUGGCGAAAGAAUAAACGACGUCAGUUUUUGGCGAAACGAAGUAGCGUCGGAAUUAGAAAGAUUGCUUCACGAAAUUGAAAGACUCCAAGAUUGUCGAUCUGUUUUAGAAAAAGCAAUUAGAGAUAUCGAGGGUCCAUUGCAUAUUGCAGAGGAAUGUCUUUAUCAUAGAGAAGCUAGGAAGGGUACAGAACUUGUGCAUGACGAUUCGGAGAAAUGUUUACUCAGUGAAAUAGAAAUCCUACGACAGAAUAGGAAAAAAUUGGAGAUUUGUUUGGAUAGAUGUAAGGAGCAGUUACGAGAUUGCAGAGGCUCUCAAAAUCAGUUGGAAUUAGAUUUAAAAAAUAAAGAAAAUGCAUUAGGAAUCGAUGCAAUGUGCCAUCAAUUAAAUAAUUACAGUCAUGGAUUACAGUACUAUUCUGACAUCGAAAAAUAUGACUCAUGUGUUUCAGAACAGGAAACAUGGGCAGAUGCGGCAAAUCGUAUAGUUCAGAAGUCUCAAACAGAGAGAAACAAAUCUUGUCAGUUGAGGACAAAUGCGGAAGCUCUCAUAAGUAAAGUUGCACAAGAAAUGUGGGAUGCAUGGAGCAACACAAACAAUGCUUUAACGCAUCGAUCUUCCGAAUUACUCGAAGCUAAAACUAAACUUCAACAGCAUUUACAAAAGGUUCAACAAGAAAUAUUUGACGUGGAGAAGAACUUGGAGUUAAUGCGUAAAGCUAUUGCAGAUAAAAGUCAUGUACUCAAAGUAGCACAUACUAGAUUAGAAGCUAGAAUGCAUCGUCCAGACUUGGAACUUUGCCGUGAUUAUGCUCAUAUAAGCCUUCAACACGAAAUUGACGACAUAAAGCAUCAAGUGGAGAGAAUGCACAAGGCAUUGCGAGAGUUAGAGAAUCAGCAUAAAAAAUUAUUACGAACGCGAACAACGUUGGAGCACGAUCUUGUGCUUAAGAUCGACGCGAUGUAUAUCGAUCGAGAAAAAGUUUUUGGUCUUAGACGGGCUUAUCCAAUUAAUGCUCUUUUUAGGUUUUAAUGUCUC